UGAAAGGCCUCGAUACCCAUUUACCUGUAAUUUCUCCAUCCGCCCCUCACACGGAUCUCAACCCCACUGCCCUCCUUGACCCCACUAAUCCCCCUUUCCUUGCCACCUGCCUCCCACCUGCCUCCCACCUGCCUCCCACCUGCCUCCCACCUGCCUGCCACCUGCCUCCCACCUGCCUCCCACCUGCCUCCCACCUGCCUGCCACCUGCCUCCCACCUGCCUCCCACGUGCCUGCCACGUGCCUGCCACGUGCCUGCCACGUGCAUGGCGUGCAGGAAGGGCAAGAGCAUGAUGCAU